CCACCCACAUCAGCUAGUCACAUUCAAAAUCCUCCUACGCAGAUUAUUAUGCAGUGAACAAAAAUUAAUAAGAACAGCACUACUUACGUUUCGCCAACUUUUAAAAACAGUAGUACUCUUGUAGUCUUUUAAUUGCUGCUAUUGCAGUUUGGUAACUCUUGUGUUUAGAGCAUGCUAGCAGAAGACCCCAACAGUAGCGUACCUUGACGUUAGUGAACACACCUUAGCGGAUUUGUCAGCCAGUUGAACUCGGACCAAAACAAACUCAGAGGGAAAAACAUUCGGCUUAGUCAUCUGACUUUCAAACAGCUAUUUCCCAAAUGCCGCGGCAGCUAAACAAAAGGUGUGAGAAGAAGUAAAUAACUGUGCCGCUUUCAGAGCUAACUUGGCUUGUAGUGUUAGCUUACGCUAGCCGUUAGCUAGAAUGCUAACAUUGCUAACAGACGCCGUUGGUGCCGUUAGCUAGCUGGGAACGUUAUGCCAGAUGAUCCAGCAGCAGCCGCUGGAAGUAGAAGCUGCUGCUUCUUUUGCCUUAACUAUCAGCCCAGCAGUUUGAGACGGGCCUACCGGCUAGUUAGGUAGCUAGUUAGGCUUAUCUGAGACAUUUAAAACUGAUUUUCUACGUUGCCUUUUACUGCCUGGAAUAAUAACUCCAGUAUGGGGAUGUGCUUACCGUGCCUUGGUGGAGCCGCGGACGACGUGGUUGUCACUCCAGAUCCGGAGACAAGGAGGCGACAGUUAGCUGAAGCCGCAGAGAAGAGACAAAAAGAGACAGCAUACAGGGGUGUUAAAAAUCCAGAAGCAGUCGAGAGGAAAAGGAAAAAACAGGAAGAAGUUGAGAAACAGGCGAUGACCACCUCUGUGUCUGGCGGUGGUGGAUUGAAGUGGCAGGUUGGCUGAAAAUCCUGGACGGUAAAGUCUGAACUCUGAUGUCCAAAACUACAUGAAGUAUUGCUGCAAAAUCACUUGAAGAUGUUGGAACUGCUGUCCAUUUUUACUUUUUUCUUGCCUGUUUUUAACAUGUUAUGAGACAGACGGUUAUAGUUGUCUGACAUCAUGAAAACGCAUCUGAAGCUGCCCCACACAAAAUACAGAAGUAUUUGCCAAGUUUAUACAAGCCACUUUUGACGAGUCAGGGAUGGCACAGUAACUGUAAGCAAACAUACUUUGUGUACUACUUUAUUAGUUUUAUUUCACAGUUGAUUGAGCAUAAUCUUACAGCGAUUUCCAUUAGAUGACAUGGAGGCACAUGACUUUGAAGUUCAGUUGUAAAUUAAGAAAGAGCUGCCCUCAACAUUUUUGGUUUUCAUAGUUGAGGAUCAGUUUUCACUGUAUAUCCGUUAAUAUCCACAUUAUAUUUUGUGUGAAUUCUCAGAAAAUCCAAGCACCGUGUUGACACUUAAUCACUUUGUUUAGGACUGUUUUUUUUGGCAACACAAAGACUAGUGCAAAAAAUGCUUCAACUUGACUACUGAGGUAUGCUGGUGACCAGUAAAGUGCAUGUCACAUGGCAGUCACUUCUUUUUUCUUGCGUAUCUCUAAUAUUGUGGUGAGACUAGUGUAUGUUUCACAAGCUGGUCCAUACAUGGCGUAACAUCACUCGCUAAUUUGGUGAUUGCGUCAGUAAGCACAAACUACACUUGACAAAAAGCUGGUAAAUAAUUGAAAACACUAAGACAAAAUAAUGGAAGCAGUGAUGUCUAUUGCACUUUACACUAGUCUUUGUCCUGCUUUCAUGGAGCCCUUUUUUGUUUUGUUUUUUCUUUGCACAUUGAAUUGCAAUUUAUGCAAAACACUGAUGUGAUGGCUGCUUAAUAUAUAUGAGAUAUGAAAUGUAUUUGUGAAUUGCCACAAUACAAUAUGAAGCUUUUGUUAGACACCUAUUUGCACACAGUCUGUCAAUAGUUGGCAAACAGCAAAUACACUUGGGAGAUUCGUGUCAGCUCCAGUGGAAACCGGAAGAGACUGAAGGAAGAGAAGGACAAACAGGUUGUGGAAUAUUUACGUUGACCGGCUUAAUUGAGUGCAUUUCUUACAGCCUUUUCUUGAACCUUAAAUGCUUCCGGUGCCCUUGCCAUUUUGUAGAACAGGAAAUCUAGCCAAUGUUGUUUGCUACAAUAAAUCACAUUUCUGCUA